CUGCGGACAGCGAACAAGGAGCGGCCCUCGCUAGAGCUCAUCACUGAUUUCGAGGCAAACGGGCCCUUCAAGAUGCGGUUCCAAGCACCGCAGCUGGGCGCCUUGGGCGCAACCUUCAGCAUUAUGCGGGCAUGCCAGUUAGUGUCCCUCAUUGCUGUCAUUGGCCUCUGUGCCAAUUUCAUCAGCGAGAUUGGCGCCGCCGAGCACAACCCUCCAUCAGAGCUUAUUGGCACUCUCACAGUGGCCGUCCUAGCAGUGAUAUAUGUCGUCAUCACAUACAUUCUUUACUAUGACAACAUGCUGCCAUUGCUCAUGACCGGUGGCGUCGAUGGCCUCUUCCUCGUCGCCGCUAUCGUUGUGGCCUCGUUGAUCGGCAAGCCCCUUUCGAAGCUCAACUGCGAACUCGUCCCAGUGGCACCCGACGCCGAAGUGCACACUCUUUUCUCGGCAGCCGCCCACGUGUUCCGGACAACAACCCUCACCAAAACCAUCCCCUACUCGACCUUUGUCACGCUCGACCGGCCAGUGUGCUACGAGAUUAAAGCGGUCUGGGGUCUUUCCAUCACCCUGUGCGUGCUCUUCGCCUUCUCAGCGCUGGUCUGCGUAUUUCUGUGGAAGCGCAUUCGUCGGGACAACGCCACCCCCAAGGACAUCGAAGGUUAG